CGCGCCGUAUUUAUAUGAGUGGGGGUUAUCAGCAGCUUAAAAGGGUAUCUUAGUUCGAAUUCUGAGUGAGAUGACGUCAAUAUGCAGUGUAAAGGGUGACAAAGGGUCCCUCAAAGUUACGCUGAUGCACUUUUUUAGAAGCGAUUCCAUAAGAUUGGGUCUACAAGUACGUACACUACAUUUCUUGAACAACACCAGGCCUCCUAUGAGGCUAUGCAACAGUCUAUGAAAUUUAUAAAAAUCCAUCAAACUCGUAGUGAGCUACUACAUGGAUGAAGUUACCUAAAGAAGCCCCUAAUUCUAAAUGUUUCUUAUCCAUCAUUUCUACCUAAUUACCCCGCCAUGUCUUCGCCAACCCUGUCAUCUGAACAGCUAGGAGCUUUACUGGACAUUCUAGUACAUCACGAAACGUAUUCUGAAGUCGAAAGCUACAAAGACCCAGAAGCUAUCGAGCAUUAUGGAUACCCAUUCGAUGCCUCGGCUCCGGGGCAAGGUAGUAACGGAAAGGAAAAAUCAUUAUCGCCGUUAUUACAACUCCUCCUUACCAGAUUAGUUCUUCCAAUACCGGGUAUUAGGGAUCUACCAUCCGAAUUUUGGACAGACAAGUUUAGGAAUAUUAUGAGAAGGUUUGGUGAGGCGGAACUAUCAGAGAGCUAUGACAAAGGAACACUGGGGAGCAGGAAGAGACUCGCCUCGGCUGCUUCGGUCAUCCACGAAGGUAUUACCAGGGGUUUGCUGAGCGGCAUACCUGACGGCAAGUUGCCCGAUCUUCGCGGGAAAUACGACAUACAUCGGACAGAGGACCUUGCGAGAGCUUGGGAUGAUGUUGUUCAACAUUUGGUUUAUGGAAAUCUACUUGACGAAUUAUUCGAGCAAUUCACCAAGACUAAAAACCCCGAAGACCAUUCGCCCGCUGUCGAAGCUGCCGUGAAUUUCGCCAUAAUCUACAUAGCCACAUUCCUUCAUCAUCUUUUCGUUUUAUCAGCUGAAGGACCUUACUUAUUAAAGUUACUUGAUAACUUGCAUAGUUUGAUCCCGUAUACAGUAGUCAUUCAGACUUUACGUGUCGGGAAUGCUGGGACGAUGAUAAAUGCGAUGGUCAGGUUAUUCCUGGCUAAAGUUAGUGUCGGCGCAUUUUCAAAUUGGCUUGGAUUAACCCAAAAUGCAGCAGAUGGGAUGAAUCUUCUACAACGAAUCAUAUCCUUAAUCUUAGAAUGGGACACCGGCGACUUCCGCAAGGCUGUGGAUGGUAUUAAACGAAGUAAAGAAGGGCCAAGCGAAUUACAUCUUGCCGCAAUCGACGAGCACUUACAAGCGCCGAGAGACCAACAUGAAUCAUCACGCGAAAUAAGCAGAAAAGACGAAAAAUCAAUUAUCGUCGCUAUUUUAGAAGCGAAGGAUAAAAGCUUAGCGGAUUCACUCACCGAAGCGCAGCAUACGCAAUGCUUGGAGUAUUAUUCUGCUCAACUCGCAAUACGAGAUAGGGAAAAAAUCACCGAAGUUUUAUGUCGCCAGAGUCCGGACCUGACGACCUCUAUUAUACGAGAUGGAGUGUCCGUUUUUGAACCCAUGAUUCGGGAUAUUCAUAAGAAUGUUGACAUACGGAAACAUAUAAGUUCCGUCGAAAGUUUCUUGACUGACUUGAUAGCGACGAGUAAGCCCAAGAAGCGAGACGGCGGACAACCGCAAAGUGGAACCAUACCACCUUCUGUUGAAGACUACGUUGCGCUAUUGAAACGCAAUCGCCAAUUAGCCUGGGAUUACUUACACGACUUUGCUCAAGGGUGUCCAGACCUUCGCACGACAUGGCUCAAUUGGGCCAAGCAAAGUCUCAAGUUCUUCAGGCAGACAACAGACUCAAACAACAAUACAACAAUGGCGAAUGGGGGUAACUGUUCAUAUAAUCUUGGGGAGAUGGAUGGAAACCUACAGAACCUUUUUGACAAUCUUUCCGAUGAUAAGAAGAGCGGUGUCAAGGAUGCUAUCGAUGCCCAUGCCACAUAUCUUUCCAAGUUGGAAGAAAUGUCGAUCUCACGAAUGCAAAAUGUCAUCGACGGAGCUGACGACGACGAUAAUAAGAAAACCGGUGGUAACAUAGGUGGACCAGGUGUUUACAUUACACGCUGGCACUGCUUGUUGGACGAAACUCUCGUUACACCAAGUGCGCCGAAGGGCCCACCACGAAGAGGUAAAGACGUCAAAGGCAUGAAGGCUCUUGGAAAGACGGAAGCUAUCGCUAGCUCAGAUACUUGGGAUCCCGACACUCUUACUAAACGCGAGGAGCAGGCCUGGCCUGAGCCUCCCGACAUUUCGGUCGUGGUCGACGCUCUUGGGCCUAGAUUCAAAACCCUCGUAGCAGACAUCUCGACCAAAGUACCCCGCGCAUAACGGGAAUACGAUCGCUAGGAGUAUACAUAAACCGAUGUAUGCUACGGAAUUAUAUAGCGACCACAUUCGCAUAGGUUUUUUGAUACAUGGAGGGUCACGAAUAGACGCAUCAGAAAAAGACAAGGCGUUAAGGCGCAAUCAAAUCAGCAUAGCAUACUAAUUGGAAAAUGGGUGUAUGGUAAUGCUAUUUGGGCAAUGAGCCUUGAAUUCAUGGAUUAUGCUGAUGACGACAAUGCUGACCAAACAAUGAUUU